AUGUUGCUAGAGCUGCUGUUUGUCUGCGCCAUGGCGCCCAGCCCCUGGGGUGGUCUCAUCACUAACUCACUGGGCAACAAAUGUCAACUCCUGCUGUGCCCGCCUGCUCCUGGCGGAUGUCAGGUUGACCUCAUCAAAGACCUGCAGGGUUGUCCGGUCACGUGCGACUACACAUGUGGCGCCCCCUGGUGCCGUCUACGCCCCUGCAAUCUCAUCUGUCACCAUGGAUACAUGGAGGACGCUAUGGGCUGCAGCAUGUGUCAGUGUCAAUGUAGCGACACCUGGUGCCAGUCCGACUGCCCUAGUGGCUACAUGAAGGACAGCAACAACUGCCCGACCUGCGCCUGUCUGCCACAACCACGUGGCUGUAGCCUUUGGUCAGCCUGUCAGUUUGGCUUCUGUCCUGACUCAUGCAAGUGUCAACCCGAUUGUUUUGACGCUUACCCACUUCCUGACAACCCGCAAACACUAGCUCUGUGA